AUGCAGGCGUCCCGGGGAUCAACGCUCUCAUUGUGUCGGUAUUAAGGCAGUGACAGCGAAAAUUAGGCUCCGAAUUCCUUUGAUAUUUUUGUAUGCACAAAAAGCGCGGAGGGCGGGCGGCGCGGCUCGCUACAACGCCGUAUAUAUAGACGGGACGGCUGCGCGGCGCCCAGUCGUUCGCUGUCGCUCGCCAGCGCCCCAUGCGCUUUGACAGCUUUCUAGCAUUUCUAUUACAUUUUCACAAAUUUCUCUUGAAAAUACUGAACUGAUGAACAUUGCGUAGGUCGGGAUAAAUUGGUGUGUUUUGUGGAUCGGUUGAGACUGUUUGCUGUGAUUCGCCGGUGGUUUAGCCGACCUGUAGCUGCCCAGGCCCCUGUCUGCCAUUGUUCACGCCGCCAGUUAUUCAACAAUUUUAAAAAUGAAGGAUGAACGUGCGAGUCCCCCGCGCGUUCGCGUCGCAGUUCUCGGCAGCUCACGAGUUGGAAAGUCAGCUCUUAUUGUAAGAUACCUAACAAGGCGAUACAUCGGAGAAUAUCAUUCAAAUACAGAUUUAUUAUACAGACAGACAGUUCAAAUAAACAACAGCCCGGUGGAAUUAGAAGUAAUAGAUGUCUCAGGCUCAAACUCGGACAAAUUUCCAGCAGAACAGAUCCAAUGGGCAGACGCAUGCCUGAUCGUGUACUCGGUGACGGACAGGAGCAGCUUCGAGUACGCCACGGAAGUCCUGAAAGCCCUGAGGAGAGCCCCCGCCACCGCGAGCCCGGCGCACGGGCCCGUGGGUGCUACCACGCCCAUGCCUCUAGCCCUUUUAGGAAAUAAGACAGACUUGGACCAUUUGAGACAGGUAACGACUCAAGAUGGUCAGAGCAUAAGUGCUGCCCAUAACGCAUCGUUUAGCGAGGCGAGCGUGGCCGACAACUCCGGCGACCUGUACCGCUGCGUGGACCGGCUGCUCGCCGAGGUGCGCACGCCUCUGCGCUCGCGCAAGUUCUCCGUCACCAAGAUGCUGGGCUCUCUUAUAGGUGGCGCCACGAAUAACAGCCAAGCGAGCCGCAGCGGGUCGAUGGUGGCGUGCCCGCGCGUGCCCACGCCGUCGCGGCCGCCGCUGGCCGCCGCGGCGCCCUGACCGCCAGCCGCGCCCGCGCACCGCGCGCGUUGAUGCCUCGCCGGCGCGGGCGCCGUAUGGCUGGCCUGCCUGCCCGUGCCCACCCGCUUCGCCGCCGCGCCGCUCUCCGCCACCAUGUGAUUUGCUACUCGUUACCGUACUUCAGUCGGCCUAAAUUGAUGUACAUUUUAAUGAACUGUAUAUAAUAUACUUGUGUAGAUCUGAUUUUAAAGGAAACUGCAAGAGUUUGUGAGAUUUAUGUGUCGACUAAUUAUCAAUUAGGCUAUGGUUUAAGAAUAAAAUUGUUAAUAACAUUGAAGUUAGUUGAGACAUAAUGGUAUAGUGCACCUUUAACAAACAUUGGUGCUGAUCUCUAUUGAUGGAGCAAGUCAAGAAGAGAACAAUGAGUAAUAUAAUGAAAAGUCCACGUCAUACGGAAAAAAAUUGUUAUAGACGUAUCUGAGAUAUAUUCUUCAUUGAUGUUGUACCUAUAAGCGAGUAGGUAACUUUUCGAGAUACUCAUCCAUACGGGGCAGUUGAAGUUGGAGGACAAGAAAGCACCGUUGUUUAACAUUAGCUGUCUCACCAAACAAGCCAAAGAUGUAAUUCCUAGUCUUACAUUAAUAAAUUAUGAAAUUGUAAAUAAAUUUGUUAUAGUUAUAGAUAUAGAUAAACAUUUAAGAUAACCGAGAGUUAAGUUAGGUAGAUAGAUGUUAAUUUUACAAAUGUAUUGUUCUUGCAGCCGUAUCAUGAUGGCGUUUGUUGUUGAUUGUAGGU